AUGGCCCCACCCAAACGCAAAUCCCCACCGCCUUCGUCCUCGUCCUCUUCGUCCAACAUCAAACGCCAAAAGAUGACCGCCAGUACGCGAGCGACCCCCGCAGCGGUCGAACCUGAAGCCGAGACCGUCGUCGUCGACGAAUCGGAUUCCUUGUCCAGUCUCUCGCCUGUUCAAACACCCGAGGAGGACGAGGACGAGGACGAGGACGAGGACGAAGAGGACGAAGAGGAUGUUCCCUUGCAUAGUUUGGUGCGGAGUAAGACGGCCGUAGUGACCGGGGACACCUCCACUCCCAAGAAAGCUCGACGACCUGAUCCAGACGACGACGACGACGACGACGACGACGAUCCAGACGAUCCAGACGAUCCAGACGAUCCAGACGAUCCAGACGAUCCAGACGAUCCAGACGAUCCGGACGACGACUCUGAUGAAGACGACGAUGACGACGACGGCGAUUCUUCCUUUGUCGAUCUGGACGAACUCACACGCCAGGACAAGCUCGAUCAUCCUCGUACGCCUACGACGACCGUCACCGAAGCUCCGGCGCUCAUCGUCGACCACGCCGUCACCUCGGCCAAGUCCGUCCCCGCUUCCCAAACCCGACCACCGGCGAGUUCCCCCCCCAAGCCAGAAAUGUCCAAUAGCAAUCGAUCGUCGACCGGUGGAAAGGGCAAGAAGGGUGAAGAGGCAUUACAACAGGCCGUCGCGGCGAGGGAGGACGUCGAGAGGAGGAGGGUCGAACUCAAGGGACCGAACGUCGAGAACCCCGUCGUGAAACAGUUGGAAAAGGAGAUUCAGCAGCAGCGGGAAGCGGAUAAAGAGGAAGGAGAGGACGAGCAUGCGCAAACCAAGGUCAAGGAGGAGAAGGCGAACGGGGAAGGGAACAAGAAGAAUGGAGAUGGGCAAGGCGAGGGAGAAGGCGAGGGAGAGGAAGGCGAGGAUGAAGAAGAACCUCCCCCACCCGUGAGUUUGGAACAAGACGAUGAGCACCCUACUCUCCAUAAACUCAAGCGUAUUCCCAACCAUUCAUAGCCCAAACGAGAACGACCCGCCCUGGCCGAGGAACGCGCCAAUGUCAUUCAGUUCAGAGUCGUCACCAAUGAUUGCAAACCCGAUUCGAUGAUCAUCCUUACGGGGCUCAAGAACGUGUUUCAGAAACAGUUGCCCAAGAUGCCGAGGGAAUACAUCGCCCGAUUGGUAUUCGAUCGAGCGCAUUGGAGUUUGGCUAUUGUCAAACGAGGGUUGGAAGUUGUGGGUGGUAUUACCUAUCGACCUUUCGAAGGGCAGAAAUUUGCCGAAAUUGUGUUUUGUGCCAUUACGGGCACGGAACAAGUCAAGGUGAGUUGCCGAAAAAACCCCUCGUAUUUGUUGUCGAGUGGCCCUUGCUGACUUUACUCGGCAUGACAGGGUUACGGUUCGCACAUGAUGAACCAUCUCAAAGACUACGUCAAGUCGUCGACGUCGUGUAUGCACUUUCUCACCUAUGCCGACAACUAUGCCAUCGGCUACUUCAAGAAACAGGUUCGUACGGGUCUCUCUCUUCUUGCAUAGCUCGCACGUGUUUAGCAUAAAGAGAAGCUGCUCGAACAGGGCUUCACAAAAGAGAUCCAUCUCGAUCGAAGCGUGUGGGCUGGUUACAUCAAGGAUUACGAAGGCGGUACUAUCAUGCAUGUACGUCUUGAGAUCUUGCCACGUGUCCUACACCAACCAUGAUUUGACCCUCCCCGUUCAUCGAUCCGACAGUGCGCCAUGAUCCCUCGCAUCAAAUACCUCGACGUGAGGGAGAUGUUGACCCAGCAGAAGGAGGUACGGGCCUCACCUCGUCUCUGUGAUACAACAAUCCACUCACUCGAGCUAUGCUGACACCCCUUCUUCUUCCGAACUUCUUCAGGUGAUCCUCUCCAAAAUUCGCAUCAAAUCCCAAUCCCACAUAGUACAUCCAGGUCUACCCUACUGGAAGACCCUCCCCCCCGGAACCUCCAUCGAACCCUCCCAAGUCCCCGGCUUGAAAGAAUCCGGCUGGACGCCCGAAAUGGAAGAAUUGACGAGGAGACCUAAAAGGGGUCCCCAAUUCGCGGUGAUGAAGAAGUUGUUGACGUUGUUGAUUGAUCAUCCGAGUAGUUGGGCGUUCGCGAGUCCGGUGAAUGCUGCUGAGGUACGUUUGAAGGGAGGGGUGGCGUAAUGAUCGUUUAUUUCGUUGCGGAGGGCUGAUGGACGGGUUGUUGGGAUCUGCUACAGGUCACAGAUUAUUAUGACGUCAUUAAAGAACCCAUGGGUACGUUUUCACCCACCCUCAAGUCCCAUUACCUUCUCAUCCCCUAACCCCCUCUCCCGUCCCCUUAGAUCUCGCAACGAUGGAAAACAAACUCGAAGCCAACUCGUACACGGUCCUGGCCGACUUCCUCUACGACGCCAAGUUGAUCUUUGACAAUUGUCGGCAGUACAAUGACAAUGGAUCGAAUUGUGAGUUCCGAGAGGAGGAGGCGAAUAUGCGAACGAUUACUGAAUAGUCUGAAUGCUCUGCCUUGGAACUAGACGUCAAGAACGCGAACAAACUCGAAGCGUACCUCAAGGAGCAAGUCAAGGUGUAUCAAGAACCCUAG